AUGAAGGUACUCGGUUACCUUCUGGUGGUAUGUGGCUGCUAUGUUGGCUCGUCCUGGUCCCUACCACAGGUGGUAGUGCAACGUGAUGAGCUGACCGAAGAGCAGAUGGUUGCUGCCUUAGAACAGUACGAUCAGGAUGUUCGAUAUCAUUGCAAUCGGAAUGCUAUAGCAAACUGGAAUGUGGCCACCGAUACUGAGAACGUGUUUCUGCAAGAAGUACAAAACAACAUAUCGCUGGAAUAUGCCAAGUUCCGUAAUGAUUACUAUGAACAGUACUUCAAAAACGCUAACGUCGAGAGCUACCAGAACGAGAAGGUUCGAAAGCAGCUUCGUCUGCUGAAGGAUCUAGGCACGGCAGCGUUACCGGCCGAAAAAUUGGCCUCACUCAACGGCAUAAUGCGGAAGAUGGACACGGCAUAUCAGCUCGCUGAGGUGUGUCCGUACACGAACCAGCAGUGUGGGGCCGCAGAUCAAAAAUGGACCCUUGAUCCCGAGCUUGAGAAGGUCCUAGCCGAGUCGAGCGACUACGAUGAGUUGGAGUACGUGUGGCGUCGUUGGCGUGAAGAAUCUGGUAAAAAAAUGCGCACAGAUUACAAGGAUUAUGUGCAGCUCGUGAACGAGGCUGCCAGAUUGAACGGAUACGAGGAUUAUGGUGCGCUGUGGCGUUCGAAGUACGACGACUCGAACUUGCGCCAUACGCUAGAUAGGCUCUGGAGUGAAGUGGAACCCUUGUACGACGAGCUGCAUACGUAUGUGCGUUACCGACUAUUUGAGGUGUACGGAGACCGGAUGGACAAGGAAAACCCCAUGAUCCCGGCGCAUCUGCUCGGUAACAUGUGGGCACAGUCGUGGGCCAAUCUGUACGAACGGUUGAAGCCCUUCCCCAACGCGAGUUUGGUGGAUGUGACAGCAAAAAUGAAGGAGCUGGGCUAUAACGCGACCAAAAUGUUCGAGAUGUCGGAUGAGUUUUACCAGAGCAUGGGAUUACCGAGCAGCGCAAUGAGUUACGGACCGAAGGCGGUGAUUGAGAAGCCACCGCAGAAGAUCGUUUGUCAUGCCUCAGCGUGGGACUUUUGUGAUGGCGAGGAUUUCCGCAUUAAAAUGUGUACGAACAUCAAUAUGGAGGACUUCAUAACGGUGCACCAUGAAAUGGGGCACAUUAUGUACUACAUACUGUACAAGGACGAGCCGAAUCUGUUCCGUACCGGAGCUACUCCUGCCUUCCACGAAGCGGUCGGUGACACAAUCGCUUUGUCCGUGGCAACGCCGAAUCAUCUGCGCAAGGUGGGUCUGCUGGACGAGUACGAGGACAGCCAGGCUGACAACAUAAACGCACUGUUCGAGAUGGCGUUGGAGCGAGUCGCUUUCCUACCGUUCGGCUAUCUGAUCGACAUGUGGCGUUGGGACGUGUUUAGUGGUGCCGUGAAUGAGAGCGAGUGGAAUGCGCACUGGUGGAAACUGCGCGAGAAAUACCAGAAAGUGUACGCACCGGUCGCACGAUCUGAGGCCGAUUUUGAUCCGGGAGCAAAAUACCACAUCCCGGCUAGUUCGCAGUACAUUGCGUACUUUUUGGCGCACAUUCUAGAGUUCCAGUUCUAUCGGGCGCUUUGCAUCGAAGCAGGCCAGUACGAUCCGAGCAAGGACACCAGCCAACCGUUGCACAAGUGCGAUUUCUACCGCAGCAAAGCCGCUGGAGAUAAGCUGCGAGAGGGUCUUUCGUUGGGCUACAGUGAGGAUUGGCAGGUCGCGCUGGAAAAGCUGACUGGUGAACGGGAGAUCAGCGGCAAGGCGUUGCUAGAAUAUUUCGAGCCACUUCAUCAGUUUCUACGGGAAGAGAAUCGCAAAUUUAAUGCUGCCGUCAUGGACAAGAUCAUCGAUCGGUACAGCGAGCAGUACUCGAUGGCAUGCAACAGGCAAGUGCAGGCUCAGUAUGCCACCCAAGUGGACGUAGGCAAUGUGCUGCUGCAGCAGCAGUUGACGGAAAUUCUGGCCGCGAAUACGGAGUUCGUGCUGGAGAAUUACAAUCGGUACUUCGAGGGUGUCGAUCCGAAGGAGUUUUCGAAUCCAUCGGUGAACCGACAGCUGCAAUUUUUGACUGAAAUCUCCAUCAACAAGCUGCAACACGAUGAUCUUUCCAAGUUGCAAAUCGCGCUGGGAAGAAUGCAAAACAUUUACAGCAGUGCGACGAUUUGUCCGUACAGCAACCAGCAGUGUUCGGAGGGCAAACUUUCGCUCGAUCCAGAACUGUACGACGUAAUGGCCAAAUCGGAGGAUUACGACGAACUGAAGUACGUGUGGAAUGAGUGGCGACGCAGCACAGGUCGCCUGAUGAAGCGAGACUACCAGGACUAUGUUGAGCUGAUGAACCAAGCGGGAAAGCUUGGCGGAUACGAUGACAUGGGCGAGCUGUGGCGUUCCGCUUUCGAACAGGAGGACUUUGUUGACGGCAUGAAGCGAUUGUGGAGCGAAUUGAAACCGUUCUACAGCGAGCUGCACAAGUAUGUGCACCGCAAACUGCAAGCGAUCUACGGAGAGCAGAUGAGCGAAGCAGGCGCAAACAUCCCGGCUCACGUACUCGGAAACAUGUGGGCACAAUCGUGGGUGAAUCUGUACGAUCGCACGAAACCCUUUGCCAAUACGGUGGAUCUGGACGUAACGGAAGCGCUGAAGGCUAAGAACUACACCACCCGGCAGCUGUUUGAAAUUGCGAACGAGUUCUAUGUCGGUCUCGGACUGCCCGACAAUAGCAUGAGCUACGAUGUCGAACGUGGGGCGAUGAUCGACAAGCCCACGGAUGGUCGCGUGGUGACGUGCCAUGCAUCGGCAUGGGAUUUUUGUGAUCGGCAGGAUUUCCGAAUCAAAAUGUGUACACGCAUGAAUAUGGAGGACUUUGUGACGAUCCAUCACGAAAUGGGCCACAUCAACUACUACAUCCUGUACAAGGACCAACCGGUGACGUUGCGCAGUGGAGCGAACCCAGGAUUCCACGAGGCUGUCGGUGACACGAUCUCACUGUCUGUGGCUACUCCCAAGCACUUCGAGAAGAUCGGUUUGUUGCAGGGAUACGCGGACACCUACGAGGAGAACAUCAACGCACUCUACCAGAAGGCGCUCGAUCGCGUAGCGUUCCUCCCGUUCGGGUUGCUGAUCGACAUGUGGCGGUGGGAAGUGUUUGCUGGAAAGCUGGACCCGGCCGAAUGGAACAAGCGCUGGUGGGAAUUGCGCCAGGAGUACCAAAUGGUAUCUGCUCCGGUUCCGCGCGAAGCCGAAGAUUUCGACCCGGGCGCGAAAUACCACAUCCCGUACGACAGUCAGUACGUUUCGUACUUUAUCGCGCACAUCCUUGAUCUGCAACUGCAUAAGGCUCUUUGUGCGGCAGCCAAGCAGUACGAUCCGAAGGACCCGACGAAACCCCUGCACAAGUGCGAUAUCGAUGGAUCACGGGCGGCUGGGGAUCUGCUGCGUGCGGGACUUUCGCUAGGCCGAUCGGUCCACUGGUCCGAGGCGUUGAAAGCAAUGACGGGAGAAACGGAACUUCGAACCGAUGCACUGCUCGAGUACUACAAGCCGUUGUACGAGUUUUUGAAGGAGGAAAAUGCUAAAGCAGGAAAGUCUCGUUCUGCCCAUGUGUCGUUAGUUCUUAUCGUUGCCUCUUGCGUAGUGUUUCUGUUGAGACUAUUUUAGAGCAACAAUUUCAAUCCAUUUUUGUGAUCCAGCCGUGUUUGAGACAUGUUUUGUACUGUGUUUGCAACAGCUACCUGUAUUUCCGUUACCCUAUUAUGUAAACAAACAGGCAUAGUGCAAUGUUCAGAAGCAAAAAAGAAAAAUACUUUCUUAUCGCGGGUGCGAUAGGUUCCGGAGCCAACGUCCGAGAAAGGCGUCAAGCAAUACGUUCACUCUUUGGUCUGAGCCCUCCUCCCCAUUGUGCUGGUCAGUGAACGUCAAUUGAUAGUUAACUAUGUUAAAUUACUUGAAGCAGUCGAACCGGCGCAGGGUUUCGUUGGUUUGAGCUCGUGCGGAACGGAGCUGGUUUUGUUUUCCAAGCUAGGCAAAACCAUGUUAUGGACUGUUGGUGGGAAAGUAUCGUUAGAGUGAUCUUUGAAAUAAAUAAUGCUUGAA